UUUAUUUCUUUGUUACGGAUAGAACUCGAGAGUUCUCAACGAAUCAAGAAGACUUUGAUCCUAGGUAUUCUCAGACUAAAUAGGAUUCAUUGUGUUAUCGUAGCUUCCGCUACAUCAGGUGGUAUCAGAACCAGGUGUUUUGGUUUCUUAAUCAAAACUCGAUUCUAGAAUCAUGGAGAAUUUGUUCGUGGAAAAUGAACAAAUUGUUUACAUUGAGAUUAUUGGUGAUCCAGUUUAUGAUAUCUACAACGAAGAUAACGUAAGCUUCAUCAACAAUCAAUUAUCGAGAGAUGCGUUCGUGGAUCAAAGUCAAAUCAUGAUGGUGAUAGAAGAUGUCCACGAGGUCAGCCACUUCAAUCUUAUUAAAGAAGAGAUGUCCGUGAGAAGCAUGGAGAUAGUGGAGCUUUUGUCUCCUUAUCAUAAAGAACACAUGAAGACAAAAUUUCAGUUCUUUGUGAUGUGUUUUGCUCCGAUGAAUUUGAAGAUUAAAUUGAUGGUGCAAAAGAAUUAUAUUAUUUUGUUUGAUGGUUAUUAUCGAUGGAAGGCCAAGGAAAAAGAUAAACAUUUGUGUCAUGGACAGCGUUUUGGAUUUGAAGACCACGGUUAAGAUUCGAGGACGAAUCUUUCUAACCCGGAGAGAAUGAUGGAGAGAAGAUAUUUAGAAUAAAUAUCUUAUUUAUUUAGUGUUUUAUUUAGAGUUUAUUUAUUAUUAAGAUAUUUAUCUCUAAUGUUUUAGGGUUUCUAUGUUUUCUUAUAUAUAACCGUUUAGGCUUAAGUUUGUAUUGGGAUGACUGAUAUUAAUAUAUUUUAUAAAAGAGAGGUUUGAAACCCUUUAUUUCCUUGUUACGGAUAGAACUCGAGAGUUCUCAACGAAUCAAGAAGACUUUGAUCCUAGGUAUUCUCAGACUAAAUAGGAUUCAUUGUGUUAUCGUAGCUUCCGCUACAUCAGGUGGUAUCAGAGCCAGGUGUUUUGGUUUCUUAAUCAAAACUCGAUUCUGGAAUCUUGGAGAAUUUGUUCGUGGAAAAUGAACAAAUUGUUUACAUUGAGAUUAUUGGUGAUCCAGUUUAUGAUAUCUACAACGAAGAUAACGUAAGCUUCAUCAACAAUCAAUUAUCGAGAGAUGCGUUCGUGGAUCAAAGUCAAAUCAUGAUGGUGAUAGAAGAUGUCCACGAGGUCAGCCACUUCAAUCUUAUUAAAGAAGAGAUGUCCGUGAGAAGCAUGGAGAUAGUGGAGUUUUUGUCUCCUUAUCAUAAAGAACACAUGAAGACAAAAUUUCAGUUCUUUGUGAUGUGUUUUGCUCCGAUGAAUUUGAAGAUUAAAUUGAUGGUGCAAAAGAAUUAUAUUAUUUUGUUUGAUGGUUAUUAUCGAUGGAAGGCCAAGGAAAAAGAUAAACAUUUGUGUCAUGGACAGCGUUUUGGAUUUGAAGACCACGGUUAAGAUUCGAGGACGAAUCUUUCUAACCCGGAGAGAAUGAUGGAGAGAAGAUAUUUAGAAUAAAUAUCUUAUUUAUUUAGUAUUUUAUUUAGAGUUUAUUUAUUAUUAAGAUAUUUAUCUCUAAUGUUUUAGGGUUUCUAUGUUUUCUUAUAUAUAACCGUUUAGGCUUAAGUUUGUAUUGGGAUGACUGAUAUUAAUAUAUUUUAUAAAAGAGAGGUUUGAAACCCUUUAUUUCCUUGUUACGGAUAGAACUCGAGAGUUCUCAACGAAUCAAGAAGACUUUGAUCCUAGGUAUUCUCAGACUAAAUAGGAUUCAUUGUGUUAUCGUAGCUUCCGCUACAUCAGGUGGUAUCAGAGCCAGGUAUUUUGGUUUCUUAAUCAAAACUCGAUUCUGGAAUCAUGGAGAAUUUGUUCGUGGAAAAUGAACAAAUUGUUUACAUUGAGAUUAUUGGUGAUCCAGUUUAUGAUAUCUACAACGAAGAUAACGUAAGCUUCAUCAACAAUCAAUUAUCGAGAGAGAUCAAAGUCAAAUCAUGAUGGUGAUAGAAGAUGUCCACGAGGUCAGCCACUUCAAUCUUAUUAAAGAAGAGAUGUCCGUGAGAAGCAUGGAGAUAGUGGAGCUUUUGUCUCCUUAUCAUAAAGAACACAUGAAGACAAAAUUUCAGUUCUUUGUGAUGUGUUUUGCUCCGAUGAAUUUGAAGAUUAAAUUGAUGGUGCAAAAGAAUUAUAUUAUUUUGUUUGAUGGUUAUUAUCGAUGGAAGGCCAAGGAAAAAGAUAAACAUUUGUGUCAUGGACAGCGUUUUGGAUUUGAAGACCACGGUUAAGAUUCGAGGACGAAUCUUUCUAACCCGGAGAGAAUGAUGGAGAGAAGAUAUUUAGAAUAAAUAUCUUAUUUAUUUAGUGUUUUAUUUAGAGUUUAUUUAUUAUUAAGAUAUUUAUCUCUAAUGUUUUAGGGUUUCUAUGUUUUCUUAUAUAUAACCGUUUAGGCUUAAGUUUGUAUUGGGAUGACUGAUAUUAAUAUUUUAUAAAAGAGAGGUUUGAAACCCUUUUUUUUCUUGUUACGGAUAGAACUCGAGAGUUCUCAACGAAUCAAGAAGACUUUGAUCCUAGGUAUUCUCAGACUAAAUAGGAUUCAUUGUGUUAUCGUAGCUUCCGCUAUAUCAGUCAACAAGUUGUUUCUACACCAAUUUCAUCAUUUACGGAUUUAAAUGAGGCCCUUAAGUUUUAAAGCAUGAUGAGCUUACGUCUUAGCAUAUGUUUGCCCCAAUGCCUCAGAUUACAUCAAAAUAUAUAGUUGUUUUCUCUGGCUGAUGUCCAUUAUUAAGUUUGAUAUAAUCAAAUCCACCACCGUCACAGGUUGCUAGCUUUAUUAUUUUCAAAUUGGAUUUAUUGGUCUGAAAGUUCUGCAUAGGUCCUUUAAGAAAACACGAAAUUAAAAUUUAUUGAAUUUAAUUUAAAAUUUAAGUAAAUCGAGAAAUUUAUUCAGUUAAUUCCAGUGUGAAAUUACCGCUUUGGAUAAGUCCACGUGCUUAUUGGAAAUAGCUGGGACAGCAUCACACCCACACAACACAAACCUAACCACGACAAGCAAAGCAAAAAAAAAAAACAUAAAGUCUAAUGCUUCACACCAGUGUUACGUAUCCAAAGUUGUUUUCUAUUUGUAAAGUCUUAUAACUUAAUUGUUCUAACGGUGAUAAGAAAACGUGGGUCCUUGACCAACUCCGCAUGAAGUUGUUAAUUGAUUACCAAGAAAAAUCGCCUUCGAUUAUUUGAAAAUCGAAAAAAAUCAUUUCGAUGAUUUCCUCUUAUAAAACUUUGUAAAAGUCGCCUUUUAUAAACUUUGUAAAAGACCAGAAGUCUCUUGUUCGUUAAGACCAAAACUCAAAUCACGAACCCACCUCUAUGGAUAACUAUUACAAAGAACCAUCAGCAUCAACCGCAUCUGGAAACCUCCCAGCUACCGAUCAAACAAAAGAUUACCAGAUGAAGGUAAAGAAAAGCAAAAGCGUUCAAAACGCGGAUCGUGGAGCAUCAAGAAGCUGGAGUUUCAGCGAUCCGGAAUCGAGGAGGAAGAGAAGAGUUGCUGGCUAUAAGGUUUACUCAGUUGAACAGAAGAUGAAAGGAUCCAUUAGAAAAAGCUUUAAAUGGUUCAAAGACAUUAUCGGUAUUUCUUGAAAAUAGAUUCUCCACUCUCUUUCUUUCUCUUUAUAUAUAAAAGUAUAUGAAUCUCUUCUUGCUGAGUGUAUGUUAAUGUUAUAUACCUGUAACAAAUACAUGAAACAAAAUUGAAUUUUCUUUCACUCUCUGUUGCAUUUAUAUCAUAUAUGAAGACAUAGUCUUUGAAUGAGACAGAUAAUGAAUGAAUCAGUUCUUUAUAUAUUCCAAAACUAUUUAUAAGAAACUAUUUUCUUUUAGUAUACACAAACUCUCACAGUACAAGAUUCUUUAUUUCGUAUCAUUCAUCUUUCUCAAUAAAGAGGAAAUCAGAUGAAGAAGAAGAAGAAAAAACACUUACUGGAUCAACUAUGAUGUGUGGUGGUCGUUGUCGUCUCACUUGAUGCUGAGGCGCUCGUGCCACUCAUACCGCUCAUAACAGAAAGAUUGGACAUGGAAUAUGCCAAGGUUGAGGGCGAAGAUGACUAUGGAAGCAUAGACUCCAUUUCCCAUCCACCCAAGGAUUCUAUACCAGUCGAAGAACAGGUUCCUGGAGCCUUGCUGGUACAAUGCAGGGAACUAUAUAGAGAGCCAAAGAGAAACUUAAGAUUAGAAGAAGGGUCUGAAGUUUAAGAUUGGGGAGAUUUUCUGAACACAGAGAAGCAAACCUGUAAGCAAACUUCUGAAGACACGUCUUGCUCAAAAACUCCAAGGGAGAUGACCGGGAGAGAAGUGAGAACAACAUUGAACAGCAACAAGUAGGAGUCGUUGUAUAUGGCUUGACUAGAAAACCCUGUGAAAGCUUCAAAGUAGAAUAGAGUUAGACCAAAUAAUUAAUUGGGCUACAUAAAGUUCAGCUUCUUUUAGCAUACAAGUGUUCCAUACCACACAAGUAAAACACUCUUCACUAUGAAAAAUGUUUGAGCUUGACACUAUGCUUUAGGAAAAAAUGGGAUUGCAUGUUUAUUAGGUUCCAGUUUAUUACUUCGUACGACGAAUCUAAAAUUGGCAUACACGAUAAGUUGUUUAAUGUUUUAGUUAUUUUAAAAUGACUAACAAGUUUUUAUGGUAUAAAAUAGCUAGACAAAGUUACUACAGGUUCACAAUACUGAUUAUAACAAUUUCAAAAGAGAGACAUAUGAAGGAUAUAUUAUAUUGUAGUUGCGUCUAAUUAAGGAAUUUAAAGAGAUUAAUUAAGUGGCACAGUGGUAUCUCAAUCCCUCAUGCCGGUAAUUAGCAUAAUGAGGAGAAAGGUGAGGAGUUGAAGAAAUGGUAGGGACUUGGAUUGCUUCACAUGGCAGCUCACAUCUUCUCACAACUUGGUGGAUUUGAUCCUACUUUUCUUCCUUUCUCAGUCUCCUCUAUAUAAUUUCCUCUUGUUGAGCCUGAAGUGGGCCUACUAGGGCUGUGAUGAUGUGCAUAAUGUGAACUUCUUCUGUCUGCAGGCCCGAUAGUAAUUAUUUUUGAAAACAUGGAAUUGAAGAACAUAUUUUUCCAUGAUUCUUUCUGUUUUCUGCAAGUAGAAAAGUAAACCUAAGAAGUAGAACACAUACACAUCUAUUUAUUACUCUGACCAACCGAUAAACAUUCACUCUAAUGCCAUCCUUUUAACGCUAAUCAUGCAGAUAUGUGGGCCACGGGUUAGAGUCUAAAAUAGUCACUACUAGUCUACUACUACAAGUAAUCAAUUUGCUUGGAAAAGUAAAAAACAACUAUAAAGCCAAACAUUAUCUUGUUUUGCUAGCAGAAACUAAACAGAGAAGUCUUUCCUUCACACUUACAUAUCCACAUGUAUGCUUAUCAUUAUAUACAUGCAGACAUAGUAAUGGUUUAGUUACUAUAUUUAUAUUCCGAGAGAUAUAAAAAAAUUAAACCUGGAUGAAAGGAAACGUGAUUGGAAGCUAUAGGCCUGUAGUUGACGAAAAGAAAAAGCUAUAGGCCUGUUUGCUGAACAAAAUCUACCUCACUAUUUGUAUCAUCACCAUUAUAAUCACAUACCACUUUCUUGUUUUUCUCACUCAUUAUGACGAUGAAUUGGAUGAUGGAUACAGUGAUAAUGGAAGAAGAAAAAGAAGCCAGUGGGGUUUAGAGGGGUUUUAGGCCUAAUGCCUACAACAUAGGAUGGUUGUUGCUUUGGGACAAUGAAGUUAUUUACUUACGCAUCUAUCAACUCUUUCCUUUUUUAUUUUGAUUAGAAAAGCAAACCCUAUCCCUAUAUACCAGUUUAAAUUAAUAAUACUUGUAACCUUGUAAGUAACGGAACAAAAACAAAGAAAAUUACCAAUAAUAAAAUUCAAAUUAUGCAUCAGCAUCACUAUCCUUUUUUUCUUCUGUUUUGCAGGCUGCAGAGCAUUCCUCAGCCUUAUGGCCAGGGCCGGUUCAACAUUCUUAAGGGCCCUAGGAUAAAAAAAGAUAUUUACCCUCUAAAAUUUAUAUACAUAUAAUAUUUAAAAUAUAUAUAAAAUUUAAUAUGUAAUAUUUUGUAUAUAUUUGUAAUGAAGAUAAAACUAUAUACAUAUCAAAUAAUUCUAGACCUUUUUUAUUUUGAUUUAUUAUAUUUAUAAUUUUUUUAUAUAUAAAAAUAUAGAUUUAUAAAAAAAUUAGGCCCCUUAAUUAUUAUUAUCAUACGGGGGGACACAUGCUUGGGCUCGGGACGGUCGCACCGCUUAUCCCCACUGAGCCGGCCCUGCCUAUGGCCUCAUUUCCAUCGAAGAUCAAUAAAAGAAAAUAAACUAGUAGAAGGCUUGGAACUAAUUUAUGAAAAAGUCUACAAACAUUUCAUAUUUACAUAGAUGGCAUAUAUGUAUGUCAAAUCGUGCAUGACACUUAAUUUGGAAGGAAGUCGAGUUUGAUUCCGGACCGUCCAUUUUUCACAUCAAUUAGAUUACUUUCCACACUAUUAAAUUUAAUUUUGUAAAUAUGAUUUAACAAACAGUGAGGGUCACUGCAUCAUUACAUACAAGUUUAUAACUAACUAUAAGUGUCAUUUAUCAUAUAACAAUAUAUUUAUUUACUUCAGUGACAAGAGUUAUAUUCAUGCAUUAAGCAUAGGCAGAAGGCUAGACGAUGUCAGCUAGAAUAAAUGAAUGGAAAUGGACAGAUCAUGUUUAUAUUUUAGAAUAUAGUCCGUGGAAUUUUCAUAAAAUUGACUGAUCAAUUAGUUUCUUGUUUUGGUUAAUGCCAAACUCAAACGGGGUCUGAAACGUUACUCUAAAAGGAUUCGUAUCAGUCAAUUUUAUUUAUUUCAUUGUUUUAGCAAUUUCUCUACUCUAAGUAAAAUUAAUUAUUCCUCCUAUUUUUUUCCUACUUUUACAAAUUCGUUUACCAAUGUAAGAGUAUUUCACUACGUGAUAUAUGAAAAAAGGAAGGCAAAACUGAUUGCCUAUAAACGGUCCAGUGUACUGGAGGAUAGUACCUGGAAUUACCUUUUUUUCUUUUGGUUUUAUGUGCUUUUUCCCUUGGUUUCAGGGAAAAUGUUAGGAGCGCAGAAUAAGAAAAUACCAGCCCAAGAUGAAAAAUUUACGGUUUGAGCAUUUGGGUCAACAAUUACUAUCCAUCCUUAAUCAGCUAUAGUCAGUAUAUAGUAUCAGAACAUGUAACAUGAUAAAAAAAUGUAACAUGAUCUCUCGUGGAGUAUUUACUAUCUCAGUAACUUUAGUCCUUUAUAUACGUUUGAUCACGAUAUGCGUGCAACGAUUAAGUUAUUCCUGAAACAUCUCUUAUAUAUCUAAUUUCUCACAUAUGUAUUAGGAUCCAAUUCCCACUAAAUCAUGCUUCCACCAUUUAUUUUGAAUUUAGUUCGUCCAUAAGGCUCUCGACAUGCAUGUAUCAUUUUGGAUAAGGUUGUGAGGAUCGUUUGAUAUUCUAAAGAGAAUCAUGUAGUUGCAAUCUGUAUCCCCAUAGGAACUAUGAAAGUGAACGUUGAACCGAAUUAUGGUGAAAAUAUGACGAGAGCUUCCUUCUUGUCUGUCUCGAAGCUUUUAUAUUAUGUCCAACGAACUUUCAUGUUUCUUAUACAAUAUAUUUUCCAAUAAUGUAUACAUGUGUACAUAUAUAAAAGAUAAAUGGACCUACCCAUUAAUCGAGCUAAGCAGAUUCAUUGAUACAUAAUUAUUCAUUAACUCGUAUAUGAUGGUUUAGUGAUGUUCAAUCAAACCUAAUGUAGAUAGAUACAGCAUCUAAUUAAAUACCGCACUCAUGUUCUAUUAUAUUUAUAAGGUAUUAAUUCGAGUCUGUGAUUUUGCAGAACUUAAGCUCUACGGCUAGCGCGCGAAACCUAUCAUCACAAACUUAAGGAUUUUUAACAGGUAUAACAUUUAAAUAUUAAUCAUCUUAUUAUAUUGCCUGCAAAUAUGCAAUCACGUUUUGGAAUCGUUUAUAACAAACACCAACGAAAAUAUGCGUGUUUAGUAUUUGUUAAGAGUUCCAUUAGUGGAGCAAGAAGAUGGGAAUGGGAUCGGGAGAAAUAUGUUAAGAGGUCAGUUUCAGGACCACCAAGAAGAUAUAUAUGUCAAAUUAUGAAAAUAAGGGAAGUUUCCGAUAGAAUCUCGAGUCCGUUGAGCUUUGACUUCUUUACACGGUAACCAAAUUUCACUUCAAAAGAAAUUGAACUUAUUACCAGUUUUUUAAUAUUCAAUAUGCGGAUCAGAUAUUCAGAUGAGAUCCAAGAAAAACAGACUUAGUAUUAGAAAGUGGAUUGGUUACCACGCUAAUAACAGAAAUAAUAGGAUCAUAUGUUAUUUGACUAUUAUGUUAUUGCAUAGACCGAAGUUCAAAUUCAAUUUCCCACAUAGAUGUUAUUUUAUUUCGAAGAAGGUUCAAACCGUGGAGAAUAUUUUUAUACAUUCACAGAUUUCUCCUACCACUUAACCACAACCAUGCGGGUAAUUUAUUGUCAUUUUAGUGUUUCGUUAUCCUGACGUGUGCUUCUCUAGUUCACAACAAACACACAACUGGGGUCUCGUGUUUCAUUUGUAAGAACUAUUGAGAUGGUUAUAGAAA